AUGGCGUCCACGACGGACUGGAAGCAGCUGCCCGACAGCGUCGUCGACCCCAUCACGCUCGAGCCCAUCAACGAGCUCAGGGUCGAGCCCUUCAAGAUCAACCAGCACUACUUCGACGGCGAGGCGCUCGCGGCCUACCUCGUGGCGUCGUCGACCUUCGAGAACCCGCUCGACCGCAAGGCCCUGACGCGCGACGACUGCCAGCGCCUCGACGCGCAUUUGGCAAGGAACAAGCUCGAGCGCCUCGGCGUCGAGCGCGAGCGCCGCGCGGCGCAGCGCCGCGCGACGCGCGCCGCGCGGCGCGCCGAGGACGAGGCGGCCGCGGCCGAGCGGCGCCGGGCCGACGCCGCGCGCGCGACGGCCGCGGCGCUGCUGGACGCGCUGUACGCGCGGCGGCCGCGGCGGCGCCAGCGAGGGCCGGCCGUCAUCGACGACGACGAGAUCCCGCCCGACGUGCUGGCGAGCGCUCAAAAUGAUGACGACGCGGCGCCGGCGGACGAGGACUUCCCCGCGCUCGGCGGCGGCGCCGCGCCGCCCUUCCGGCGCGGGCAGCAUGCCGCGGCGCCCGAGGCGUUCCCGGCGCUCAACGGACGCGCAGCGACCGGCGGCGGCGGCGACUGGUACGCGAGUAUCGCCGCGACGCGGGUGGCCGACGACGAGCGGCGCGCGGCGGCCGCCGCGCGCGAGGCCGACGCCGCGGCGGCGGCGGACGCCGCCUACGGCGCGCGCGCCGCGGCCUACGGCGUCCCGACGCAGCGCCGCGACCUUGCCAGCGGCAUCGCCGCGGUCGGGCGCCGGUCAUCCCUAAAACACGCCGCGGCGCAGCUCUGGUCCGACGAGCUCCUGACGUGGGCGCGCAAGGACCCUCGGCGCGUGAAGCGAUUGGAGAAGGAGCUCGGCGCCUUCGUGGCCGAUUCAAGAAGGACGGCCCACAGCCUCCGGCCGAUGCGGCGCGCCGAGCGGCGCAAGACGCACGCCGUCUGCGAGGUCUACGGCGUGGGCACGCGGUCCUACGACCGGUCGCCGGAGCGGCACAUCCGCAUCCUGCGCGAGCCGGGCGCGCCGGCGCCGGCGCUCCCGGACGUGCUCCUGUCGGAGGCGGCGGCGCUCCCUGCGGUCUCGGUGCUGCCGGAACCGGCGCCCGCGCUUCCGGAGGCCCCGCCCUCGCCGCCGAAGCCCCCCCGCGCGCCGCCGCGGCCGCCGUCGUACGACCAGUACGUCCACAACCGCCCGCACGCGGCGCAGACGGCGCUCCUCGGGGCCCAACUCGCCCAGGAAGACACGGGCGCCGUCGACCGCCUCGCGGCCAUGGGAUUUUCUCGAAGAGCCUGCGAGGCGGCCCUGCUGAACGCCGGUCAAGACGAGACCGCCGCGGUGGAGCUGCUCCUGACGCGGUCGACGGAGGAGCUGCUCGGUGUCACGGUGUAAGUGAUAAUUGUU